GAGAAUAAGUAGAUAAAGCUAUGUAUAGACCUGUACCUCAACAACAACCCUUACCUGCUGGGUGGGAAGCUAAAUAUGAUGCAGGCUCAAACAGAUGGUUCUUUCUAAACCAUCAGACCAAAACUACACAAUGGACGGACCCAAGACUUAGCAUGCAGCAGCCGUCCCCAUACAUCCAACCUAUGCGACCCCACCAACCACAAGUCACUACAACAAGUUUCAUUGAAGCAGAUACAAGUAAAGUUAAUGCUCUUAAGAAAUCAUUCGCUGCAGAUGAGGAAUUACUGAAGUCUUUGCUAAGAACUCACCAGAACGACAUGGGAGCUGUGGAAAAAAAGUUAAAAGAAAUGGGAUAUAUUAAGAAGGAGACAGUUGUCCCAAAUGAACACCAAGUGAAGUAUCUUCAUCAGCAAUAUCCGAGUGCCCCAAUUCAAGUUGUAAGACAAGUGCUUGGAGAAUCUAAGAACAGCGUUCCUGGAGCUCGAGUUACAUUAGAUGUCAUGGGAUUUAAGCGAUACGACGUGGAAGCAAAAAAUGUACAAGCAAAUAAGAGGAAAGCAGAUGCGGAAAAACUUGCCAGGCAGAAAGCUGAACUGAAAUCAAAGGUUGCAGCAGCUCAAAAGAAGAAACAACUUAGCCAUGAUGAUAAACUUAAAAUAAAACAACAACUAAAGUCAAAGUUCCCAACUGUCGACUCCGAUUCAAUUGACCUUUGUUUAGGAAGCACCAAUUAUGAUAUUCCUAUGGCAACCAAUAUCCUGGAAAACCAAAUCAAGAAUGAAAAGAAAAAGAAAAAAGAGCAAGAGAGAAGGAGGAGAGAGGAGGAAGAGGAGAGAGAGAGAAGAGUAAUAGAGGAGCAGGAAAGAGAAAACUCUGCAAGAAAUAUGAAACCUGCAGUGUUUGGAGAAGAUGAAACAGAACCAUCCCAACCAUCCAGCAGUGAUGCGCAACCAUCUGUUUCAACAACAGUUUCCCCAUCUCAACCUAAGGCUGUACCAGUUAAGAAAACACCAAAGAAAACACUGCCUAGUAAACAGAAUAAGGUGAAGAAAACAGUGGUGAAAACCGCUGUACCAAAGAAAGCAUUCACAGAGUCCUACAGAUCCCACCUUAGGAUAUUACCAAUGGGGCAUAACCCUACCCUGUGUAAAGGUCACAACCCAGCUCUGCUUAUAACUACAUAUACAGAGAGGGUUGGAGCAAACAAAGAAAACCAAGUUGGGCCACAGGAGAGUAAUCGCAAAGGUCCUCAACCCCAACAUAGAGUUGGCGCACUUGGAACAAAUUAUCGUUCUUCAUAAAUUAACGAUUCGCUAUUAUAAGCUUUGCGUUUUUUAACAUUUAGCAAAAUCCGGGGUGACAUUGUUAAAAUACAGUUACACUCAUAGUUGUCAAACAUAGGGAACCUCAUUGAUUAAUGUGGUGAAUGCAAUAUACUUUGGCUCUGUUUGUUUGUAUAGACACCUAACAGCAAACUAUAUUAAUGUGUAAAACUAAUUUUUAAGAUGUUGUUUUUAAAUGUCACCCCAAGCACUCCUAAUGUAAUGUUCGUUACGCAAUAAUAUGCAGAUGUGUUACUUUCAUAUUAUCACUUAUUUACUUAUUAAACCAUCUACACAAAAUGUCGUUUUUAACAAGAACUGUUCCUUAUUAAUGUUAUUAACUGCGGAUAUUGCAUUUGUAUUAAUACUAAUGUUACUGCUAUAUAUAUUGCCUAAUUUGAUGUCUUCACGUGCUUUUAAUCUACAUUUUAUAAGUUUUAUUAAAUAUUGCAUGUUGCAUGGAUUAAUACUUGUAUUUUGCUUGGUGAAAAUAAAUAAUAUUUAAUGUCUUGCA